GUUCGUCAUCUUCGGACCCUCCGGCAUAACCCGAUUCACUUUUCGGAGCGUUAUUUCUCCACCUUCCGGUGGAACAUUUCAGAGGGUACGUGAAAGCACAACAAUGGCGUUUUGGUGUAGAGUGAACAACUCCAAAAUCAAAACCCUUUCAGGUCACCUGAAAAGGUCUUAUUUUCAAUGCCACGGUUCUAAUUCGCUCAUUGCCCGUGCUUCUUCACAUACUUCAGUUCGGGUUCUCAGCAACCCUAGCUUAAUUAUCCAGAAAAGUCCAUUCGAAUUUCCACAAAGUGUCAGGUUUUUUGCAGCUCCUGUACAGGUGAAAACGAGGAAGGAAGAGAAGGAUUCGAGUGGGCCCAGAUUGAAUCACGAAAUCAAAGCAGACUUUGUUAGGCUUGUCGGUGAUGAAGGUCAUCGCGUAGUGUCCAUACGUGAGGCGUGGGAACUUGCAAGAAGUCUCAAUCUUGAUUUGGUGGAGGUGUCACGAAAUGCCAAACCACCAGUCUGCAAAAUUAUGGACUACCACAAAGAGAAGUAUCAACAACAAUUAAAGGACAAUGCUAAAAAAAGCAAGUCUGAGUUAACUUUGAAGAAGGGAGAUUGUAAAGAAGUCCGAUUUGUUGGGAAAAUCGAAAAAAAAGACUUGAAAAUUAAAGCAGAUACAGUUAAGCGAAUGAUGGAGCGUGGCUAUCGGGUGAAGUGUACAGCCAUGUCCAUGGGCAAUGAAGGAGAGGAUUUGGGAGCAGUGUUAUCACGUUUCUCUCCUCUGAUUGAAGAUGUUGCCUAUAUUGAAAGUGGGCCAAGAGUGGAGAAAAAGCAGGCAUAUAUUGUUGUCAGGCAUGUUAAGUUCGGUCCGUCAAAGAAGGGUUCAGGAAAGAAAGCGUCAAAAGAAUGCAAAACUGCCAGUUCUGAAGAAGAUGCAGCAUCUCAAAGUUCUUUACAAUUGGAUGAAAACUGUGAUGCUGCUGAAUCUAGUGUUGAAAGUGACGACGAUAGCUGUCAAGAAGAAAUGACUGAUGAAGAUGUGGAUGACAAGAGAUCAGAUUGGAGAGUAUCUGGUGCAAAAGGUGAUUCCAGGAAGGUUUUUGAUUUUGUGGAGGGCGAAAAUGUAGGUGCUAGAACUCCAAGUUUUACAAAUGUUUCUUCAGAUUUUGCACGCGCGAGAUCUGCACGUGAUUCUUCUCGAACUGAAGCAGCUGGGCCUUCAUUUGGUAGUUUCAGAAGAGAAUUAGGGAACACAGUGCAGGCUCCGUCAGGGGAAGAAAAUAGGUAUCAAAGAGACCCUAGAAACUCAUCUGUACCUACCAAAUCAGCUCCUAGUAGCACCCCAAGUUCAAGGAGCACAAUGACAGUGGACAACCUAUCUGAUAUAGGAAGGCAACUGCCACUGGAUAGGAGUGGCUUGUCACAUACUAGAGACCUUGGAUCUCAGUUGCUGAGGAAGUCUCCUCUUAAUGGGUCUCCGGAGCAACAUCCUUCUCAUUCUGGUGUUCGAAGUUCUCCAUCCUCUGGUUUUGGUAUUUUUAGCUCUGCACCAGCAGACAGGACUCCUAGCAAGGAGAGCAAUGUUGCUACAGAAAAUAGGUACAAGAAAAGUGAGCAGUCUAAUUCUGGAAGGAACUCUAGUACUUCAGAUCCUAGAGGUUUACAUAUGGCUAAUCCCCAAGCUAGAAGACCUGAUCUUGGUAAGAGGGAUGGUCCAGGGAAAUACCCGAUCUUUAGUGAGAGCUCGAAGAUGAUUCCAAACCACAACUCGGAAACUCAACGCUAAGUUUCAGAAAUGAUAUGGUGUGCUUCCAAAUUUAGUUUCUACAUUUUGAGCAGAGCAAAUAAUCUGAUUUGCACCUUUUUUAUUGACGAGAUGCAUCUAACGUGCAGUACGUCUUAGGCUGAUUUUUUCUUUUACCAUGUCAGCCGCGCCUCAGAAUACCAGAAAUGUCUGGUAAACCUUUCAUUCUUUUGAAUAUUCGGGAUUUCUUCGAGAUAUACUGGGGGAGGGGGAGGGGGAGGGUAGGAGGGUGUAGGGAUUGUAAUAAAAAGUUUAUGAGAUCUUUUUUGUUCUGUUAUUGCAAAAUAUUGCAUUUUGGAGUUGGUUUGCGUACAGUGGACCUGGGGCCUUCAGAUCCGGUGGUGCAUGCUGGAAUCUCCUCAUUAAUUUGUUUGUAAUUCGAUACAUUAACAUUUAGUCUCAUUUAGUCUAAAUAUCCAUUGUUAUUAGAUGAAAUGUUAUUCUUAGUUCCUCGAUAGCAAUGAAGUUAUAUUUCAUCUCU